ACGCCGAUGACGGUUUAGUUGCGCCCUGCCAAGCCGACGGCCUGCCUGCCUGCCAGCAGUCGCGUACUACGCCGGAGAGACACGAGUAGCUCAGUCGCCGACAUGCCAGGGAUUCUGCUCGGGGACGUCUUCCCCAAUUUCGAAGCCAACACUACGUUAGGAAAAAUCACGUUCCACGACUAUCUGGAUGAUUCGUGGGGUGUCCUGUUCUCGCACCCAAAAGACUACACCCCGGUGUGCACGACCGAACUGGGCCGUGCUGCCCGACUGGCCGGAGAGUUCCAGAAGCGCAAUGUCAAGAUGAUCGCACUCUCCAUCGACUCGGUGGAGGACCAUUUGGGCUGGAGCAAGGACAUUAACUCCUAUAAUGGAGAGCCGGCCAGCACCACUCUGCCCUUCCCGAUAAUUGCUGACGACAAGAGAGAACUGGCAAUCCAGCUAGGAAUGCUUGACCCUGAUGAGCGGGAUAAGGAUGGCAUCCCACUGACCGCUCGCUGCGUCUUCAUUGUUGGCCCGGAUAAGAGACUCAAGCUGUCCAUCCUCUAUCCCGCCACCACAGGCCGAAACUUCGACGAGAUCCUGCGGGUCAUCGAUUCACUGCAGCUGACGGCACAGAAGAGAGUGGCCACCCCGGUGGACUGGAAGCCUGGCGAUCGCUGCAUGGUCCUGCCGAACAUUCCCGAGGAGGAGGCCAAGGCGCUCUUCCCUGAUGGAGUUUUCACCAAAGACCUGCCCUCUGGCAAGAAGUACCUGCGUUACACGCCCCAGCCAUGAGCGAGCGUAUCGGGGACGAGGGGACACUGUGUGACAAUCACGGGGCUGGCCUGCCCUUGGCACUUUGCACUAAUUCAUCACUUGUCAAUAAAGCUAACUGUGAAGCCUG